AUGACCAUUGGGACAAAAAGGCUCAAUGCACUCCUUUCUGCAUAUAUCGGAAAGAAGGUGCAGGGGAUAUUCGUCUGGUCCAGUUCCUUGAAGAUGUUGCGAAGAAGAGGGAGGUUCUCCUACACAACAGCAUACAUCCCCUCAGGGGAAAAACACAUCGGGGAAAACAUCCCGGUGGAGGAACUGAAGAAAUAUUUAUGUGUUGAAAAAAUACAUUCGGAAGAUUUCAAAAAAAUAAUGACCAAGUGUAUGCAAGUGAAUAAAGACAGUGACACACGUAUUGAAGAUUUGCUGCUCAUUUUAAUUUUGUUCACAAAGUUUUUUCCUCAUUUUAAUAAAACAUACGGAGAUUCACUAUACCAUGAAAUUUGCCAUAAUAUAUUUAACAGUAUAAAAUUAAAAGCACAUUAUUUAUAUACAAGUAAAAUGCUCAUACACACAAUGAACAUACUGACAAAUUUACAACUUAUUGACAAUACACUUGUUUUCGCAUUCACAAAUAAAUGUUCUUAUUUUAUACAACAUGAAGAAUAUCAAAUUGAAGACUUGGUUCAUUUUCUUUCCAUUUUUAGUAAAAUUUAUUUGUUAAAAAAUGACCCUAAAUUUAUGAAAUUAAAAACCUUUAAUUGGGUGCUUAUCAAAAAUAUCUGCAAUAAAUUGACAUACAAUUUUGAUCGUUUUUUCUUAACCUAUAAUGAUUAUGCAUACACACACAAGCUGAAGAAAAAAAUUCAUGAGCAGAUUAGAAAUAUGCAAUCCGAGGCAAAAAACUCCAGACUGUCUUCAAACUGUAGUAUCGGUGCUUCAAAUAGGCCGGAUACUCUUGACCCCUAUGCCAAACGGGUCAAAGGUGGCAACUGUGCCCAUCAAAUAGGUGCUGAUUUGGGUGGGAGACUUCCAUCUUCUGUCUCCUUCUUAGGGUCUGCCCCAAAUUCUUCCACCAAUGAAUACUUCACUGAUAUCCCUUCUGCGACUGCCUCACAUGAUGUUCCUUCUACAAAGGUGGGAUCUGUGCCCAAUGGAGCUACACUAAAUGAAUUAUGGAGUGAUGUUUCACAGCUCUGUUUUCCCCAGGAAAGGCACUACCUACUCGACACACUUCUCAGCAUUAGCAGAAGCCUGAGGGAUUUGAAGUUUUCGCACAUGGGUCUGCUAAACGAGGUGGCCCACAGAUUACAGAGCCAUUUCGUAGGAACAACCGAGGGGGGAGUUGAAACUUGUGAUGAUGUUAACCAUGCCGCAUAUGACGAAUGUGUACAGCGCGGUCAUGUGGAAACCGCCAGAAAAAUUUUCCACAUCCUGCAGUGCCACCUGUACCUGCAAGUGGACCAUCAUAUGCUGUAUAAAAGCAUCCUGAACACGUAUAAAAACCACUUGUCCAGCGUGGGCAAUUUGGUAGUUCUGUUUUUCCUGUUAGCAAAAAAUAAAUUAUUCCCUUCCAAGACUAUGCAUCUAUUUGAUGCAGUGUUCAGAGAAAAAAUAAGCCAAGGGCAGUAUGAUGAGAGAGAUCUAUCCACACUUUUACACUCCUAUGCAAUGCACAAAUAUAGGGAAGUGUCCAUAAUUCGGUUGAUACUUUCUCGUUUAGUGCCAACCUGUGUAAACCUUCAUCAGGGUGAUCAUAACGAUCAGGAAGGUUUCGGUUUUAAUCUGGAGAAAGUUCCUCUUUCUAAUGGGCGAAGUAAUGAGAAAGUUGGAAGUGGUAAGUGCAGGGAGGGUACAAUUAACAGGAAUGCCCUAAAUUGCAGUGUUAUAAACCCCCAAACGCCUAACCUCAUUUUGGACCUUCCUGGAAAGGUAAAAAUACUCCAUAGCUUGUUCAAGUUGGAUAUAUACGAAGAAGCGCUCAUCUGUGAUAUAUCCAGGAUGAUAAAUGAGGAUAACAUAAAUAAUUUGGACCACAAGGAGCUAGCUAAAUUGCUACUAGCCAUGUGCUACUUCUCCAUCGAGAAUACACAUGCAUAUAAUUUAAUAAUAAAAAACUUAAUAAAAUUUGACAUCAUUCUAGAUAAUGUUUACCUGACCCAGUUGAAGAUAUGUGAGCUGGCACUUCGAACGAGACACGUUCCAAAUGUCUAUGACCAACUGAACGAGGAGUGCAUAGAGUAUAUGUCUUCCAUAAAAGCUAAAGAAAAAGAAGCGGAAUAUUACAUUAAAUCAGAUUUACAAAAAGAAAUUAAGAAUUUCCUUCUGACCUUUAAUUUGUGCAUGUCGGAAGAGGUACCACUUGGACCAUAUGAUGUGGACUUUGUAGAAGAAGAUCCAACGUUUGUUCGCAUUCCGAGAAAUUACCUUCUUCGAAGGGAUGGUCAAGCAUGUAUUGUAUCGGGGGGUAUAACCCAGAAUUGUACAAAUAGUAAUGCGCACACAUUCCAUCAGCAGGGGCCCACCACGAAGGGUCACCUUCCAGAAAAUGAUCCACCAAAUGGAAACCCUCACAAAAGAAAAAACAAAUUAAUCAUUGAGGUAAACGGCGAACACCACUUUUAUAAAAAUAGCAAAUCCUACACCGCAUUGUCAAAGCUCAAGCACAAGUUGCUAAGUGACCUUGGCUACACGGUUAUCAACAUACCUUAUUUCGAGUGGGGACAGCUAAAAACCAAUUUGGAUAAAAAGGCUUAUAUUAAAAAAUUAAUUUCAGAUAGCCUCAAUUUUGAGGUAGUGAAUGUUCUGCCAAUUAACCAAAAGAGUGAACCCCUGGGUAAAAAAGAAAUGGCAAAGGUCGUGUCAACCAUUCGACAGAGCAAACGAAAGACAGACUUCUUAACCGACAUUGCCAAAUUUAGGGGAAAAAAUAAGUUGGCCUUUUUAAAGAGGAAAGUUAAAAAUUUGUAA